CGAAAGAUGGCUGCCACUGUGUUAGCUACAAUUGUACCACUUCUUGCAAGUACUGUGGGAUAUUGAAGAAAGUUGUCAUGGAGCAUAAGGGUCAACUGUCUCCAGAGCAAGAUGCCCUAGAGCACAUAAUUGCUUGUAGGGACAAACCCUUCCUGGAGGAAAGGUUUAUUGACUCCUUUAAAGGGAGAGGAGUGUUCACCCACAAAGGCAUUGAACCAUCCACGUUUGUUGUUGAAUAUCGGGGAAAGAUUUCUUCUCAUAAAGACAAAACACCAAAGCGUGGGGAUACUCUGAACAAUUAUUUGUUUGAGUUUCCAUGGAUAGGAGCACAGUGGUGCAUUGAUGCCUCGAAAGAGGACGGGACCCUUGGACGACUUGUGAAUGAUGAUCACAUAAGUCCCAACUGUGAAAUGAAGAAAAUUGUCUAUGAGGGAAAACCACACUUAUGCCUAUUUGCAGUGACAGAAAUAUCUCCAGGCGAAGAGAUAACCUACAACUAUGGGGACUCAGCUUACCCAUGGCGAUCAAAGGAGUCCUAUGAGGGAUCGAGUGCCUCAUACUCACGCCUUUAUGAUUCGACAUCAACACCAAGGAAUGAAAGGCUUGAGGACUCAUCAGCUUCCAGCUUUGAAAAUUCCUGCUCUGAUGAUGAUGAUGAUGAUGACGAUGACGACAAACUACCUGAUAGCGGGCCGAGUUGUCGCAAUGACAGUUUUGCUGACAUCAACACUCAGCUGGAUUUCAGGGACAGUUCACCUUUUGCAGAUUUAGAUUCUUCUCAAGACAUGACAGGAACUUCCAUGAUGCAAUCAGAUGAUGCUUCUUGCAUCCAGCAGGAGGACGAGGCCUUUUUCAGCCCUAAUGAUCACAGAUGGGGUGUAAACUUCAGAUCCCGCAAGCCUAGAAAGAACUCCGAAGACCCUCUUUACACCAGUAAAAAUUACUGUUAUGUUUGUGGGAAAGGUGUUUGUAAAAUUUCUCGUCAUCUUUUAAAGCAUGCUGAUGAAGAGCCUGAAAUCGCUGAAGCUUUUGCUUUUCCCCAUAACUCCAAGGAACGAAAAAGGUUAUUAAACGAAUUACGUAACAGGGGAAAUUACAAACAUAAUCAAGAAGUGUUGAAGAACAACAGUGGAGAGUUAAAACUUAGAAGACGGCCAAAAACCGGGGAGAUCAAUACUAAAACCUACGCUCACUGUCUACACUGUAAAGCCAUGUUUAGUCGUAACGAGAUGUGGAGGCAUGUAGCCAAAUGUCCUUCCAGGACAACAUCAAACUCUUCAGCAGGAGGCAAGACAUAUGUCCUAACAGAAAUGGCUCUUGCAGAGUCCCCAUUCUCCCGAACACUUCCAUCUGGCGUGUGGAAGUUGCUUGUAACUAUGAAACCAGAUGAAAUUACAUCUGCAGUUCAAAAUGAUUUCCUCCUAAUAAAGCUGGCACAGUCUUUAUCUGAUAAGUAUGGAAAUAAUCCAAAUAAACGUGAUUACAUCAGACAGAAGCUGCGAGAAAUGGGAAGACUUUUGCUUGCGCUGCAUAAAAAGUCAGUAUUUAGCUUCGAAGAUGCCACCGAACCCAAAAACUUCUACAAAGUUGUUGAGGCUGUCAAAGACAUUGCUGGUUUCAAUGAAAAGAAGCAGAGCUACAACAAGCCAUCUCUUGCUUUGAAAAUAGGACAUUCAUUGAAAAAAAUAUGCACCAUUGUCCUCAGUGGAGUUGAUGGCAAUGAGCAGAUGAUGAGAGACAAAAAGACAUUCAUGAAACUUUGUGUUAAAGAAUGGUCUGCACUCGUCUCCCAUACAGCCCUCGCUUCGUUGAGUGGACGAAAAGUAAACAACCCGUCUACCAUACCAUUCACUUGUGAUGUGCAGAUGUUCUACAUGUACCUAGAGACAACAUCUGCUUCUGCCAUGGAAACGCUGAAGAAGUAUGAAAGCCCACAGGUCUACAAUGCACUUUGCAGAGUGACACUUGCACAAGCAUCUGUCUUAAGCAAAUGUGCAUCUGAGGUUUCAAAAAUGACACUGAAGACAUUCCAGGAGAGAGACGUCUCCACCCAAGUGUUGUCCAAGCACUUCAUCAGAUUCAAUAUUCCGAGCAGGAGUGGCCAAGACGUUGCUGUUUUGUUGACCUCUGAACUUAUCAGUGCUAUAACUCUGCUUGUGAGCAAGAGACAAGCCUGUGGUGUACACAAAGACAAUCCUUUCUUGUUUGCAAAGCCCAACUCUUCUCCCACAAGCCUCUACCACGGAGGGAACUGCGUCAGAGCUUUUUCAAGUCUAUGUCGUGCAAAGAAACCAGAGUAUCUCAGGUCGGUGCAUCUUCACAAGCACAUCGCAAGAAUCUUCCAGAUUCUCAACCUGGAGAACGAUGAGCUAGAUCAUCUAGCUAAACUGUUGGGCCACGACAUCCGGGCUGACAGGCACUAUUAUCGGCUGCCAGAGGCAGCUGUGGAACUUGCAAAAAUAGCAAAACUUCUUCUGGCAAUGGAAAAGGGUUCUCUGGAAAGAUUCAAAGGAAACUCUCUGGACGAAAUCGAGAUUGAAGAUGAACUGGAGCCGGAUGUGGAGCAGGGCAACCCUGAAGAGUCUGAUGAUGAGGAGGAUAAUGAAGAAUCAGAUCUUUUGCCUCAGCAGAGCGUUGCUGCAGAACAACAAGGCAGUCAUCUGACUCCUGAGCAAGAUGCACUGCAGCACAUAAAGGCCUGCAGAGACAAACCCUUCCUGGAGGACAGGUUUAUCAACCCCCUUAAAGGGAUUGGCGUGUUUACCCAUGAAGCCAUUGAACCAUCCGCCUUCGUUGUUGAGUUACGGGGGAACAUCUUCUCUCAGAAAGAAACCAGGAACAAGAAGUGUGGUGUUACUUUGAACAAUUACAUGUUUGACUUCUCAUGGAAUGGAACAAACUGGCGUAUUGAUGCUUCAAAAGAUGACGGGACCCUCGGGAGACUUGUGAAUGACAAUCAUGAAAGCCCCAACUGCGAAAUGAAGAAAAUUGUCUUCGAGGGAAAACCACACUUGUGCCUGUUUGCAGUGGAGAAAAUAUCUCCUGGCGAGGAGAUAACUUACAACUAUGGGGAGUCCUCCUACCCAUGGCGCUCACGGGAAUCCAGUGAGGGACUGAAUACAUCACAAACAGACCUAAAUGCUGCAGCAUCUUCGUCAGAGAAUGAAAGUGAUGAGGACUCAGCAGGACCCUCCAGUUCUGCAGCAUCUUGCUGUGAUGAAGACUAUGUACCAUCUACUAGCAACAACAGCCAGCAGUGUCCGAGUUUCACACAGUCAAAUUCCUCUAAAGAGCAGAGCUUUCAGCAGCAACCCAUUGAUGCUUCAUCCAUCCAGGAGGAGGACGAGACUGAUUAUAGCUCUGGUGAUUUUACCUCGGAUGAAGAGCCCAGAGCCCCCUCAUUCACCAACAGAAAUUACUGCUACGUUUGUGGGAAAGCCCAGUCUAAAAUUUCUCGUCAUCUUUACAAACAUAAAAAUGAAGAGCCUGAUAUAGCUGAAGUUUUGAAGCUGCGCAAAAACUCCAAAGAACGGAAACGGCUACUGGAUAAGUUACGAGACAGGGGAAAUUACAAACAUAAUCAAGAGGUUUUGAAGACUAACUGCGGAGAACUGAAAGUGAAAAGAAGACAUUUAGACAGGCUCGACAAUGCAAAAACAUUUGCACAUUGUCUUUAUUGUAAAGGCAUGUACGUUCGUGAGGAGAUGUGCCGACAUAUGCAAAGGUGUGCUAGAAAGAAGCUCACACAACCUUCACCACGGGGCAAGACUAAAGUCUUAGCUUUGGUUGCUGUUGCAGAGUCAACAGACCCUCAAAAUAUCUCAUCAGAAGUGAGGGAGAUGUUAAACACACUGAAGAACGAUGAGAUAUCAUCUGAAGUCCAGAAAGAUUCCCUUUUACUGCAGCUGGCACAGUGUUUGUACCACACCAAUGAGAGCAAAACAAAAAAAGAGGAACUCGUCAAAAUCAGGCUGAGGCAAAUGGGACGACUCCUGUUAAUAUUAAAGAAAAGGUCAAUAGGUAGCUUUGAAGAUGCUAUCAAACCCCAAAACUUCAGCAAAGUUGUUGAAGCAGUGAGAGAACUCUCUGGCUUCAGUGAAGAGACAAACUCCAGUGGCAGUCCAAGUUUAAUGCUCAGAUUGGGAUAUUUGCUGAAGAAAAUUGGUGACAUUAACUUUGCCAGAGCUUUGAAAGAGGAAGCUGAUAAAGAGUCAAUACGUGAAGCAGAGACAUUUACAAAGUUGUGUGCGAAAGAAUGGAAAUCCAUCCCUCCAAAGGCAAAAAACCUGCCAACUGUACCAUUCAUACAUGAUGUGCAGCUUUUCUAUCAGUGCACGGAGAAGACAGCAGCUUCUGCAGCAAAAAGCCUGACGAUGUAUGAAAGCUCCCCGGUCUAUACUGCGCUUCUCAGAGUGACACUUGCGCAAAUGUCAGUCUACAACAAAAAUAUAGCCGAAGUUUCAAAAGCAACCCUCAAGUCAUUUAAGGAACGGGAUGAGACUGAGCUUCACAAAGAUGCUGCUGUUAGCAAGUCGCAGUUUGAGCAAAUUCUGUCAAAGGACACUAUGAAGAUCAACCUGAUGAGCGACAGCGGCCAAAAAGUUGCUGUAACGUUGACAACCACACUCCUCGCUGCAGUAACACUGCUUGUGAACAAGAGAGAAGCUUGUGGUGUGCAUGAAAAUAAUCCUUUCUUAUUUGCAAGACCUGAUGCCCAAUGUACAAGCUACUUUCAGGGACACGUGUGCGCUGUCACUUUCACAGGUCGCUGUGGUGCAAAGAACAAGGCAAGCCUCCGGUCUGUGUUUUUUAAAACGUCCAUUGUAAGACUUUUCCAGAUUCUUAGCCUCACAAAUGACGACCUUGGUCAGCUCGCUAAACUGUUGGGCCCCAGAAUUCAGACCGACAGAGAGUAUUAUCAGAAGCCAGAGGCAGCUGUUGACAUUGCAAAAAUGUUAGAGCUGCUCUCAGCAAUGGAAAAUGGAACUUUUGAAAGAUUCGAAGGGAAAUCUCUUGAGGAAAUUGAGAUUUCAGAUGAAUUGGAGCCAGAUGUGGAGCUUGCCGACCCCGAAAACAGUGAUAAUGAAGAAUCAGAGAAUUCUCUUCUGAGCGGUGUCUCCUUCACUAAAGGCUCCUCUUCAGCAAAAAAGAAACGCAGUAGAGGUUCCUUAUUGAAGAAGACACCUAGCCAAGGCCGGAGCAAGAAGCGGGAGAGUGAAAACAAGCCAUCUGAGCAGAGUGAUGAGAGAAAUGAAAAGGUGAAUACAGAGCAGGGUGACAGAUCAGAGGAAAUACCUGCAAGCUGUGACGUCAACAUACCUGAAGUAACAGUUCCUCGCAAGAAUGGGGACAGUACAAACAUUUCUUUCAGUGAUGACGACGAGGACAUGAAUGUGGACUUUGACAUUGACAUAGACACCGAUGACGACAUGGUUGGAAAUAAGGAAAAUGAUCAAGAUGGUGACACAAAUGGCUCAACACCUUUAAUGCCACAUGUGAAAAAACAAGCUAACAAGCAGUCCAGUGUUGCGGACCUUGACGAGACCAUGGAAACUGAUGCAGUGAACCAUGAGAGAGAAGAUCAAAAGAAAGGAGGUGUCUCCUUCACUAAAGGCUCCUCUUCAGCAAAAAAGAAACGCAGUAGAGGUUCCUUAUCGAAGAAGACACCUAGCCAAGGCCAGAGCAAGAAGCGGGAGAGUGAAAACAAGCCAUCUGAGCUGAGUGAUGAGAGAAAUGAAAAGGUAAACACAGAGCAGGGUGACAGAUCAGAGGAAAUACCUGCGGGCUGUGACGUCAACACACCUGAAGUAACAGUUCCUCGCAAGAAUGGGGACAGUACAAACAUUUCUUUCAGUGAUGAUGACGAGGACAUGAAUGUGGACUUUGACAUUGACAUAGACACCGAUGACGACAUGGUUGGAAAUAAGGAAAAUGAUCAAGAUGGUGACACAAAUGGCUCAACACCUUUGAUACCACAUGUGAAAAAACAAGCUAACAAGCAGUCCAGUGUUGCGGAACUUGACGAGACCAUGGAAACUGAUGCAGUGAACCAUGAGAGAGAAGAUCAAAAGAAAGGAGAAAAGAAGAACAAAUCAUCAGCUCCAAUGCCCAGAAUGAAAGAGGUGAAGAUAUUAAUCCCAAAACUGGACAUUGAUAAGUUUCGGCGUUCAGUCCACAUUUCCCAGUUACCAUCUGAGUGUAACUCUGUCACAUCAGUGAAGGAUCAGCCCAUCACAACCAACAGCAACCAGCAUGUAAAAUCCUCGUCAUCCACAAACGUCAAAGACAAGCCCAACAAUGCAAAGGAGACGCUGAUGAACUGCUCCAACUGCAAGUUGAACAUGAUGAAGGGCCAAACAGCUUACCAGAAGAAGGGAUUCACAGACGUCUUCUGCUCCAAAAACUGCCUCUUCAAGAUGUUUCCCGUUAACAGACCAGUCAACAAGACCUGUCAUUACUGUCUCAAGGCAAUCUCACAGCCUCUGGACCUCAUCAUGGCUGCAGUGGACGUUAAGGGAACUAUGAAGGACUUCUGCAGUCCCACCUGCCUAUUGUCUUUUAAGUCCAACACUGUGCCCACCCAAACACCACAGCAGCUCUGCAGCAUGUGCAACAAAUCCUGCACCACCACAUGUGAGUUCGCCCUAAAUGAGGCUGUCCUGAAGUUCUGCAGCAACUCAUGUUUGGAAGAUUUACGCAAGAACACGUCUGUCUGUGACAGCUGCAGCUCCACCUGCCUUAAACCACUGAAGCUGAAGCUGAAGGAGGGGACCAAAUCCAUCUGCAACCAAAAAUGCCUGGACGAGUUGAAAGAGAAAACCAAGACAUCCCAUCAAUGCACCCUGUGCAAGGCAUUGCGGCCAGUGUCAGAGAUGAGUGAAUACACAACUGAUGAUAAAGUGGUGGAGCUCUUCUGCAACCGGUACUGUGUGACGUCAUACAAGCUAUGUCCUGUAACUGGAAACAGGCCUCAAGAGGAAAAAAGCUCAGAUGGUUUGAAAAAGUGGAGAAGAAGCAAACAAUCAAAACAAGGACUGAAUUUUGAGGAAGUGGAGUUCAGCGCAGACUCCACUGUAAACAAAAAUGAUGCAUCUGCAGCUGCUGUAUCAGACACUACGGCGACACUCGUCAUUGCAAGUUCAAAAUUAAGCAAAACCUGUUGUACCUGUGAAAAGAGUGUGCCGAGAGGAGGCACAGUGUACAAGCUGAAGAGCUCACAAGAGGUCUUCUGCUCGACCGUAUGCCUCUUUGAAAGGCAACCCCACAUCAAAUUAGGCACAAAAACCUGCUACAACUGCUUCCAGAUGAUAAUGCGACCUCACAACAUGAUCCUGGCUCCGGUGGAUGAUUCAGGAACUAUGAAGGAACUGUGCAGCAACACCUGCCUCGCUUCAGUCAACUCUAAGAGGACCAUGGUUCCCCCCAAACUCCCACCUCCAGCAGUACCUCAGAAAGAGUGCAGGAUGUGCAGCAAAUUUUGCGAUUGUAAAUUCCAGCUGACCCUGGAUGGCGAGCUCCAUAGUAUUUGCAGUGAGGCUUGCUUCAUCAACUACCACAGAAUCAACAACUUGCCUGUGUCUGUUUGUGACGUCUGCGGCUGUGUUAGCCACAAUGAACAGUUCAUGGUGGGGACGAAGGACGACAGUCAAAUCAUCUGCAGUGAAGAAUGUCUGGUCAUGUUCAAAGAGAAAACUGAGACACCUCAGCUGUGCCCCAUGUGCCAGACGUCCCAUCAGUUGUCAGACAUGGUAGAAAAUAAAAACGAUGAGGGCAGGUUGGAUUUCUUCUGUAGCAGCAGGUGUCUGAUGGUACACAAGGCUCAGUCUUCCACCGUGUCAGGAAAGAACAGCCCAACACCUGAUGCAUCCUCAGUUGAAGAGAUAAACAUUAAAGAGGUGAAGCCAUUGCUUGAAGAAAACGACAUUAAAGAAGUGAAGCCAUUGCUUGUAGAGAGUGACAUUAAAGAAGUGAAGCCAUUGCUUGAAGAGAACGACAUUAAAGAAGUGAAGCCAUUACUUGAGGAAAAUGACAUCAAAGAAGUGAAGCCAUCGCUACCAUAUUUGGACUGUAUUAAAGAAGAGCCCAUCGAUGAGGAGUACAACCAGAAUCUCCCAUCCUCCAUUUCCACAGAUGACAUUAAGGAUGAGCCUAAGGCAGGAGAUGUGACCAAGGUGGACUUACAGAUCGGUUCAGUCUUUUCUUUGACAGAAGACUCGUCAACGGCCACAACACCAGCGCCCACUCUCACCCACAUGGAUUUGCCUGCGUCAUGCUCCAACUGCAAACAGGUCCUGAUAGAUGGAGAGACUGUUUAUCAGAGGAAGGGCCACGCUGACAUCUUCUGCUCCUCUUCCUGCCUUUUGAAAUUUUACCAAAUGAAACAAGUUAAGAAGACCUGCCACUUCUGCCUUCAAGGGAUAGCACAGCGUCAGGACAUCCUCCAGGCCCCAGUGGAUAAUGAUGGGACGAAGAAGGAUUUCUGCAGCCAGACUUGCCUGUCUUCCUUCAACUACAAGAAAAUCAUGUCCACCAAAAUACCCCUCAUACCGCUCGCGUCACAUUCACAAUGCAGCAUGUGCAGCAGAUAUUGCAUUAGCAAACAUGAGAUCAUAAGACAUGAUGUCGUCCACAAGAUCUGCAGCGACACCUGUUUUCUCCGCUUCUGCAACAUAAACAACUUGUCCAUCUGUGAGAACUGUCACUCCAGCUGCAGCAAACCUCUCAUGCUCAGUACGGAGGACGGUAACAAAAAAUUCUGCGAUGCAGAGUGUCUGGCUCAAUUCAAGCAGAAAAUCAAAACCCAGCAGCCGUGUUCCAUGUGCCAGAGCUCCCAUUUAAUGUCAGAUAUGUUUGAAAACAAAAACAGUGAGGACGUAGUGGAGCUCUUCUGUACCUACAGCUGUGUGAUGGCAUCCAAGAUCCAGGCUGUCAGCGCAUCAGGUAUUCCACUGAAUUGUGACCACUGUGGUAAGACUACACUACCAGCCUGCCACCUCGCCAUGUCGGAUUUUUCCGUCAAAAACUUUUGCACUCUAACCUGUGCUAUGUCUUUUAAGGAGAGCCAAAAAGACCUGACGGCUAACUCAACAGGAGCUGCUGACCAAACCCAGAUUGAUUACCACAAACCACCAGAAAAGCUGCCAUGUGCCCAGUGUCGCCGCAUCAUAAAAGCUACACCCAAAGUCAUCCAAAAGAAGGGCAAAAUGAAUUUUGUGUGUAGCCUCGCCUGUUCUCAAGAGUUCAAGAGGGUCAACAACAUCAUGGGCAAGUGUGAAUACUGUAAGAAUGAGAGGAUCAUCACAAACGUCAAGAAGGUUGACAGCAAAGACUGCUACUUCUGCAGUGACGGCUGUCUGAGGCUCUUCCAACAUGAGCUGGAGAAGAAGUGGGGCGAACACUGCGGCUCAUGUGCUUACUGCUUCUCCAUCUCUAAGACACUGGUGACAGCAAAGUAUGAAGGCAUUGACGAGGAAUUCUGCUCCGAAGAGUGCAGCUCAAAUUAUAACAUGCUCCUCUGUCGUGUUGCCAACUGUGACACCUGCGGUCGUAACGGUAAACUGCGGCAGAGUCUUCCCAUGAUAGGAGAGGUCAAACACUUCUGUGACCUGAGAUGUCUCCUGCAUUUCUGCAAUAGAAAGGUCCAGAUGGUCAACAAAGUCUCUUCACCUCCCAGAUCUACAGGCACAGUGGAGUCCUCCCCCGUCAUUGCUAAUGUCAUCUCGCUUGCUGGUGCUUUGGCCAGGCAGUCCAGUGCCUCUUCCAGCUCUGCACAGACUGUCUCUGUCCCUGACAUUCAAACAAAGGUUGUUGGACAUGCCAGUAUUCAAACCGUCCCCACAGAGCUGAAGAACAAGUCCAUGCUCUGCACACCGUUGGUCCACAACAAAGGAGUCUCCUGUACCAUUCGGACUGUAGACUCAGCGGUACAGACAGACAACGUCGGACCCAAUGUCGUACCCCUGCCUGUCCCAGUGCCAGUGUACGUUCCUCUGCCGAUGAACAUGUACAGCCAGUACACGCCGAAGCCCAUAGGCCUGCCCUUACCGCUUCCUGUGCCCAUAUUUCUUCCUGACCCAGUGAGAAAAACUAUGAAGGAGAAGAUCCAGCCUGACCUGUUGGAGGGAGAGCUCAACUUGAAGUCUGAGAGAAAGAAAGUGCAAGAUGAAAGAAACGAGAGAAAGGACCGAGUGGUGACAGAAGAGGCCUUAGACAGACAGGAAACUCACUCUCCAAAGGAUCACACCAGUAACUGUCGUGAUGACUUGAAUUCAGAUCAUCAGGCCACUUUACACAACAAGGAAGACUCCUCCUCUGACAGCAGCUGUGGGUCACUCAGUCGACCGCACAUCCAUGAAAAACCCCCUCAGGUUUUAGAAGUGGGAAUGAUCAGUGAGCCUCAACCUGAGCUCCAACUUCCAGCGCCUCCUCCUCCUCCAGAGAUGAGAGAGGAUCCCCAGAGCUCACCAAGCCCUGAACUGGCCCCUCCGCUAUCACAACAAAGUGUGGGGAAAGUCCACAACAAGAACAAGGGUCGUAAAAUGCAACAGUUAUCCAAAGCAGCUAAACAGGAGACAUCUCAAAGAGACUCCUCCAAGGUCAUAUCGAAGAAGCACCACAAACUGAAGAGCCAGUGUGGAAUUGACGCCUGGAAGAGAUGGAUACAGUGGAGAGAAUCACAAACUAACCUGGACCUCGUUUCAUUUCAUGCUGUGACAUUAAAGGAGGAUGUUCUCCGCUGCUCGUCAGCCGAGCUGAGCAGCAGCCUCUGUUAUUUUAUUACUGAGGUGAAACGACAUGAUGGAGAGCCGUAUUCCCCCGACAGCCUGUUCUACCUCUGUCUCGGCAUACAACAGUACCUGUUUGACAACGGUCGUAGGGAGAACAUAUUCAGUGAUAUGAUCUAUGCGAAAUUCUCCAAGAAGUUCACCAAGAUCUUGAAAGGUUUCAAACCCAAAAUCACAGCCAGUGGCAAUAUCCAUUCCUGCGUGGAGGAGGAGUAUCUUUGGGACUGUAAACAGUUGGGGGCGUACUCCCCCAUCGUCCUCCUCAACACUCUGCUCUUCUUCUGCUGCAAGUACUUAGGCUUCACCACGGUGGAGCAGCUCCGCCAGCUGUCCUUCACCCACAUCAAGCACUGCACCAGAACCGACCAGAACAACACAGAGACCAACUUCCUGCGCUUUUGUCCCCCUACAUCCAUAAACAAAGCAGAGUCAGAUGCCGACGGCGUCCCAGCUAAGAAGCGUAAGAAAACUGAGAGUAAAGAGGGUGUCGUAGAGAUGAUGGAGAACACAGAGAACCCUCUCCGCUGUCCAGUCAGACUCUACGAAUUUUACCUCUCCAAGUGCUCGGAGUCGGUGAGGCAGCGAACCGACUUGUUCUACCUCCGCCCAGAUCGGUCUUGUGUUCCCAGCAGCUCUCUGUGGUUCUCCUCCACCCCUCUGGACGACAGCACCAUGGAGGCCAUGCUUGUACGAAUCCUCGCUGUCCGAAAACUACGAGGAGGAGAUGGAGGGGCUGCAGAUCAGCAGACGCCAAGUGACACACCGUUUAUACCGGAUGAGGUGGAUUCAGAAGGAUGAACGGCUAUCGUCAUUAUUUUGUUGUUUUUGAAGAACUCUGUUUAAAUUUUGAAAACUUAAGAGAAACACAUUCUAUCAAACAGAAAUAUAAACUACAAACAUGACUUUUCUUGAUGGGAUCACCUGCAGGUUAGAUUAAGAUUAGUUAAUACUGAAAGAUCACAUCCAUGUUUUGUGAUUGCUUUUAUUUCUCUGCAGCCUGAAAAACUCUACCACCAGCCUUUAUUUCAAACCAUUUCAAAUGUUUGGACAUGGACUGUUACUGUUGCACAGUUUAGCUGCUGUUUAAGGAGUUUGGUUUCACAGAGAUAGACUUUGACUGUGGCUUAGAUCAAACUAAAAGUCUUCUGAUAGAUCUUGAAAUUCAUCUGUAGCACAAAGGCUCUGUAGUUCUUCAUUAGGGCUAAUAUUCGUAAUUAGUGUUUAAUUUAAAGCUGAAAAACAUGACUGACCAAGCGCCUGCAUCAAACGGCUCUGCUCCCUUCACUCCAGCAGCUUUCUGUAAGCUUAGUGAAUAGUCUCAGUCUGAGUUCUGAGCCAUGUUAAAAUAUUUCUGUGAAACCAGCCUCUGAUGUCUUUCAACUGUAAAAGGUAAAGAAAGAAAAAGUUUACAUUACCUGCUGAUAUAUACUGUUUGUCCAGUCUGUUUGCCUUUUUGAGUUGGCUGAAUGUUGAUGCUUUCAGCUCUGACUUGAUUUUUAGUUAUUUUCAUUGUUAAUAAAUAAUAGUUGAAAAGUCA